CCCCCGCCCCCCAGGAUGGAGUUCGUGACAGGGUACCGGGCUGAGGUGCUGGACCUGGCCGAGUUGCUGCUCGCCUGGCACCGGUCCCAGGCCGGGGGGCCCCGGGACAGGCAGCACCAGCGGCGCCAGGAGGGGCACGUCCGGCGCCUGCCCCCCGACCCCGCCCUCUGGCUGCUGCACCUGCUGCCCAACUCCCGGCUGGGGCUGGCGCUGCCGGGGAGGGUCCGGGGGGAGCCCCGGGGGCGGCUCUGCGGGGAGGACGCCCUGCAACUGCGGGACCUGCAGCGGGCGGUCACCUUCCUGAGCCUGGACGAGGAGGACGAGGGGCCGGAGACAGGCCAGGCCCUGGUGCAUGUGGAGCGCCUCCUGCUGGUUACAGAUGAGCACGGCACGGUGAUGGGCCUGGAUUUCCAGCUGGGGGCCGGGGCCCCGCCCAAGCCGUCCACACCCCCCCCACUGGAGCAGCUGGCGCUCGGUCUGCUCUGCCAGAGCAUGGCCUGUCCAAUGGGUGGGGGGGAGCCCCGCCGGCCCCGGCUGCUGGCCGUGGGGGACCCCACCUUGCACAAGUCACUGGAGCCCCUGCUGCCCCGGCUGGGGGUCAGACUGAGCCCGGGCCCCAUGAGGGGCUGGGGGCCGAAACCCACCUUCACCUUGCCCUCCAUGCGCGUGCGAGCCUGUCACGUGUGCAAGAGACACGGGUUCCACGGGCGGCUGGUGCCGUGCCAGCAGUGCCGGGCCGUGCUGUACUGCUCCGAGCGGUGCCGGGCGGCCGACUGGGCCCGCAGCCCCGAGGACGCGGCCCACCGGGCCUGGUGCCCCCGCAUGGCCGGGUACAUGGCCCGCGCCCGCCAGCUGGCCGACCUGCCCUUCACCUUCGCCGCCGAGGUGACCAGCGACGGGUUCAACAGGGAGGGGUUCCUGGCCGCCCGGGGGCUGACGCGGGGGUACUGGGCCCACGAGAGCAUGCUGGUCCGGGCCCCCGACUAUGGCGUGGGGCUGGGGGGCCAGAAGGACUGGAGACCCGGCCUGCUGCAGAGCGGUGAUCCUGGAAGGAGGGUCUGGGGACUGGGGGGGGUCCCCUGCCCCCUUCUGACCCCCCCAUUGCUCUGCCCCCCACCCCCAGUCCCGGAGCUGAACAUCCUGAACAAACAGUCGCUGCGGAUUCACAUCGUGGAGACAGGGAAGGAAUCGGACAUGGCCCCCCUCUUCUGGGAGCUGUCGGUGCUGCUGCCCCACGUGUCGCUGGAGCUGCUGUUCGUGGGGGGCGUGUUGCCCCCCGAGGCCGACGGGCAGCAGGUCCUGCUGCAGAGAACGGAGGCACAGGGGGUGCGCAUCUGGCCCGGCCCCGCCCCCAAGGCCAAGGGAGGUCGGGGGGGGCUGCAGCUGAAAUUCUGCGCCCAGCCCACCCCCCUGCUGCCAGGCCCCAAACCCGACCUGGUCAUCGGGUUCAAUUCCGGCUUUGCACUGAAGGACACGUGGCUCAGCGCCCUGCCCCGGCUGCAGGCACUCCGGGUCCCGGCCUACUUCACGGAGUGCAGCGAGUACAGCUGCGCGGUGGACGAGGCCACGGUCUCCAUGGCGACGGGGGGCAGCGCCGGACCGGCCCACGUCAACCCCUUCCGCUCGCCCUUCCGUCAGGCUGGCAUCGACAACGCCAUGCCCUGGUACUCCAACGCCUUCAUCUUCCACCUGCUGUACAGGGGCGCGGGGGGGGUACGGCAGCUCCCGGGGCCAGCCCCGCCCCCUGCCCCCAGCCCCACCCGUCAGGAGCGGCCCGGCCGCGCUCGCCGAAAGGAGAAGCGGCAGAACCGCAGCGGCCGCCGGCGCAAAUGAGGGGGGGGGACGGCGAGGGGAGGGGAGACUAAUAAACCCACCCCGGCUAA